AGGCGGCCACCAUGGGACUGGCAUUCGGAACUCGACGGAGCCCGGGAGCGGGACGGGCUCGGACUAUGGGACUAAGGAGAGCCCGGGAGGCGGCAGCGAGGGCGCUAGCAGCCGCGAAGGCGAGGAACCCGUGACCCGCACCCGUCGAGCUCGUCCCUUCCACCGGCCCCGGCAGCGGCGGCAUUUCCCCCUCUCCUGUCCACGGGCGGCGGCGGUCGGGACCGGUCCUCUCCCCUGAACCCCACAGCGCCGGGGCGGGCCGGGGGCAGCGGCGGCGGAGACUCGUCUCGCCGGGGUCGCGGUGGGAGUGUCUCGCUUCGGGACUGGCGCCGGCGCCGGCACCGGGAGAGAGAUGCGUCUCGGGGGUUGCGGCUCCUUCCCAGUAGCGGCGGCAGCGGCGGAUGAUCAUGGAGAUUGAGAACAUCGUGGCCAACACGGUGCUGCUCAAAGCCCGGGAAGGAGGAGGUGGCAAGCGACAUGGUCGAAGUAAGAAAUGGAAGGAGAUGUUAAAACUACCCCAUGUCAACCACUGUAUUGAGCUUAGACAUUCCAUUGAACAGGAUUAUAAUAGUCUCUGUGACAAACAGCCCAUCGGAAGACUACUUUUCAGGCAGUUCUGUGAUACAAAGCUUGAUCUAAAGAAAUGCAUUGAAUUUCUGGAUGCAGUGGCAGAAUAUGAGGUGGCUUCAGAUGAAAAUCGAAGAGAGACUGCUUUGAAGGUUUUAGACACAUACUUCAACAAUGGGUCUGCUGCCCAUUUACCAGAAAUACCUCAGGAUAUAAUGAAAGAAUGUAAAGAGAGGCUGGAGCAGAGCCCUUGCAAAGAGCUUUUUAAAGACUGUACUAGGGUUGUCCAUGAUUAUUUAAGUGGAAGACCAUUUGAGGAGUACCAAGAAAGCUUGUUUUUCUCUCGAUUUUUACAGUGGAAAUGGUUAGAAAGGCAACCUGUAACAAAAAAUACAUUUAGACAUUACAGAGUUCUAGGAAAAGGAGGAUUUGGAGAGGUGUGUGCCUGCCAAGUACGGGCAACAGGAAAAAUGUAUGCUUGUAAAAAACUAGAAAAAAAGAGAAUUAAGAAGAGGAAAGGAGAAUCAAUGGCAUUAAAUGAAAAGAGAAUUUUGGAAAAAGUGCAUAGUAGGUUUGUAGUUAGUUUAUCCUAUACAUAUGAAACAAAAGAUGCCCUAUGUUUAGUACUAACCAUCAUGAAUGGAGGGGAUUUGAAGUUUCACAUAUAUAACAUGGGGAACCCUGGCUUGGAUGAGGAGAGGGCCAUAUUCUAUGCUGCAGAGUUGUGCUGUGGUUUGGAAGAUUUACAAAGGGAAAGAAUUGUUUACAGAGAUUUGAAGCCUGAAAACAUUCUCCUGGAUGAUCGUGGACAUAUCCGAAUCUCAGAUCUUGGGCUAGCUAUGCAGAUCCCAGAAGGAGAAACAAUCCGAGGAAGAGUUGGAACAGUUGGCUACAUGGCUCCAGAAGUUAUCAAUAAUGAAAAUUAUACAUUUAGUCCUGAUUGGUGGGGACUUGGCUGUCUAAUUUAUGAAAUGAUUCAGGGACAGUCACCAUUCAGGAAACGCAAAGAAAAAGUCAAACGUGAAGAAGUAGAUCGAAGAGUAAAGGAAGAUCAAGAAGAGUACUCAGAGAAGUUUUCUGAAGAGGCACAGUCUAUCUGCAGGAUGUUACUUGAGAAGGAUCCAAGAAAACGAUUAGGCUGCAAAGGAGAAGGAGCAGCUGGUGUGAAGCUGCAUCCUAUUUUCAAGGACAUUAACUUCAAAAGGCUGGAAGCAAACAUGUUAGAUCCCCCUUUCUCCCCUGAUCCACGUGCAGUGUAUUGUAAGGACGUUUUGGAUAUUGAGCAGUUCUCGACAGUAAAAGGAGUGAACCUGGAUACUACAGAUGAUGAUUUCUAUUCCAAAUUUGUUACAGGUUGUGUCUCCAUCCCCUGGCAAAAUGAGAUGAUUGAAACGGAAUGUUUUAAAGACAUCAACACAUUUGAAAAUGAUAAACUGACAUCAGAUCUAGAUGUUAACAAGCAUACUCCAAGACCAAAGAGAGGCUUCUUCCAUAGACUCUUCAGAAGAGGGGUCUGUUUUAAAUCUGGUUACAGUGAUGAUGAAGAGGAACCAACGAGACUUUAAACCACUGUAUCAUAGCCAAAAAACCAAAUGCAAAGAAUGAGUAAAUUCUGAAUAUUUUAUUGUAUCUAUGAACUGUAAUAAAAAAAUUUAUUAUAAAUUUUUAAAAAUACUAUGUGAGUUUACAGAUUUUGUACAUUUUUACUUAAAUUAUGUUGAUGUAUAUUUUCACUAAAACUUUAUUGAAGAAAAAGCCAUAAAAAUACCAUUUUGAUGUAAUGCAUUCAUUGCUAUCCAGUAUAUAUAUACUAGAUUUAGCCAUGUCUGAACACAUGUGAAAUGUGAUUAUGUUAAUUGAAAAGGCUUAGGAAAUACAAAUCUGUUAUUUCUUGUGAAUCAAUUUAAAUCACGUUAUUAUUUAUGAUUGCUUAGGAUUUUUAUUGAACUUAUGGCAUUACCUUCGUAGAUUUAUACUGAUUUCAAAGAUAGGGGGAAAAGAUUCACUAUCCCUCUUCUCAGGGUGUGUUCAAAAAUUUUUUUUAAAAAUCACUUUAUAAUAAUAAGAUUAAUUAAUGUUGUACAGUAUCUUUUUAUAUUAAUGUAGCAUAAUUCUUUCAGAAGUAUGUUUUUAUUCUUCACUGUGUUCUUGUGAAUUCAAUUUACAUCUGCCCAGAUAGGUAUGGUAUCUAUAUUACUUUUCUUAUACCAAUAUUUUUUAACCAUCAUAAUGUUGAUAUUUAUGUGACUGGUUAUGGCUUUCUUCUAGACUAUAUUUAUCUACUUAUUGAAAGAUAAUGUGGUUUCCUGUGACUCUGGAGUCACAGCCUCGGUAGUCAGUAAGAGAAUGCUAACCAAGUCCUGAACUAUUCAAAAAUGUAUAGCAUUAUGGGUACUUUAAUCCUUCUGUAUGUUUAAGGUCUCAAAACCAGAUGCAACUGGUUACAAAGUUCUUAAUAGUGUAAAAACUUGCUCUUAUGUUUCAUAAGUAAAAAACCAAGUGACAGGGGAGAGAGUCCCAAAACAGUGAUGCUGAAAAAGUAUGUUUAAACAGCCUGUAUGGGAAUAAAAUCUAUCACUGUAAAGGUAAAAUAAAUAUCAUAUAAAGGUGCUCUACCUUGCUACAGCAUUCACUUUACUAAUAAGAAACUCAGCUUUUCAUAAAUUAAUACCACAAAAAGAUACAAUACUCAAAUUAAUGAUAUAAUUAGAAUAAAAUUUGAAAGACUAUUGUGCUAGGACUUCUAUAAGAAUUUUUUAACAUUUUUUUUCUCAAUUACCUGUAAAAACAAUUGACAUUCAUUUUUUAAAAUUUGAGUUUUAAAUGUUCUCUCCCCAUCUUUUCUCUGUUCUUUCAAUGAGAAGGCAGGCACUUUAAUAUAAAUGAUACAUUUGCAGUCAUGCAAACUCAUAUAUCUGUAUUAGUCAUGUUGUGAAAGAAAAUACACACUCUCCCCCUCAAAAAAGAAAAAAAGUUUUUUUAAAUCAUGAUUCAUUCUGCACUCAGAUGUUAGCAUUUCUCUAGAGGUAGAUAGCAUUUUUCAUCAUAAAUUCUUUUACAGUUAGUUUGGAUCAUUUAUUUCUGAGAAUAGCUGUCAUUCACAGUGGAUCAUAGUACAAUAUUGCUGUUACUGUGUAAACUGUUCUUUUUCUGCUCAUUUCACUUUGUCUCAAUUCAUGUAAGUCUUUCCUGAUUUUUCUGAGAGCAUCCUGCUUGUCAUUUCUUAGAGCAUAAUAGUAUCCCAUCACAAUUAUGUACAACAACUUGUUCAGCCAUUACCCAGUUGAUGGGCCUUUCUUCAGUUUCCAGUUCUAUGCCAUCAUAAAAAAAGCACUGCUUUAAAUAUUUUAUACAAAUAAGUCAUUUUCCCUUUUGUUUAUUUAUUUCAUUAGAAUACAGACCUCACUGUGAUAUUGCUGGCUCAAAGGGAAUCCCUUGGGCACAGUUCCAAAUUGCUCUCCGAAGUGGUUAAAUCAGUUCCCAGCUCAGCCAACAGUGCAUUAGUAUCUCAAUUUUCUCACAUUCCCUUCCAACAUUUUUCAUUUUCAUUUUCUGUCAUACUAUCCAAUCUUAUAGGUAUGUUUUAAUUUGAUUUAAUUUGUCAUUUUCUAAUCAAGUGUUUUGUAGCUUUUUUUUUUUUAAUAUGAUUAUAAAUAGCUUUUAUUACUUCAUCUGAAAACUGCCUGUUCAUAUUCUUUGACCAUUUAUCUAUUGGGGAAUGAUUUGUAUUCUUAUAAAUCUGACUCAGUUUUCUAUAUAUUUGAAAAAUGAGGCCUUUAUUAGAGAAAAUUGCCAUAAUUUUUUCCCCCACAAUUGUGAUUACCAUGUAUUUCCCUCCAUCUUUUUCUCUCCUGUUUAUCCUGCUCUUUUUUCACUCUGUUCAUCCUUUGAUUCUUUCUGCCGCUUCCCGCAGUCCUUUUUAUAACUCCCUACUCCUUUUCAUUCUUUUCCCUUGUUGCUUCCCUAUGGGGUAAGGUAGAUUUCUAUACUUGACUGAGUAGAAGCAGCUAAAUCUUGUUAAUCCUGAUCAUGGCAACACAAUAUUUGAAUUGUUUUUUUUUUUUCUGGCUGUUUUUGCAUUAUUUGAAAAGCUUGGACUCUGGAAUCUGACUAUAAUAUUCCUGAGAAUUUUCAUUUUGGAAUCUCUUUUAAGAGGUGGAUUUGUUUGAGUUCUCUUUUACUCUAUGCAUCUAAAUUUUCCUUGAUAAUUUCUUGAAAUAUGAUUGAUUCUUUUUUUGAUUAUGAUUUUCACAGAGUCCAAUAAUUCUCAAAUGAACUCACCUCAGUCUAAUUUCCAGGUCAGAGAUGUUUCUUCUUUUUUUUUUUUUUUUUUUCAUUCUUAUUUUGUCUUAUUGUAUGUCUGAAGGAGUUAUUAAUUUCCACUUGCCCAAUUCUGAUUUUUAAUGAAUGAUUUUCUUCAGCAAGCUUUUCCAUUUGGCCAAUUCUACUUUUUUAAGGAAUUAUUUUCUUCACUGAAAUUUUGUGCAUCUUUUUUCUACAUGGCCAAUUCUGCUUUCUAAGGAUUUUGUCAGUGGAUUUUUGUACCUCUUUUGACAUUUAGUCUAUUCUGGUUUUAAGGUGUUAUUUUGUCUAUUAUAUGUGUAUAUGUAUGUAUAUAUGCCUCCUUUACUAAAAUCUUUGCGUGAUUUUUUUACAUCAAUUAUAUUUCUUUUCCCAAUUUUUCCUCUGCUUAUCUUAAUUGAUUUUAAAAAUCCUUUUUGUCCUAACAAUUCUUUUUUUGGACAUGAAACCAUUGGACAUUUUUCUCUGAGGCUUUGUAUGUAGCAGUUUUGAUUCUUUUGUCUUCUUCUGAGAUUGUUUUGGUCUUCCCUGUCACCACAGUAUUUUUCUAUGAUAAUUUUUUGGUUUUUGUCAUUUGCUCAUUUUUCCAACCUAUUCUUUGAUUUUUAACUUUAUGUUAAAAUUGGGCUCUGUUCCUAGGGUUUUAGAGACACUAUUCCAAGCUUCAGAUUUCUUUAUGCAGAUAUUUUCAGAGAUAGUUAUGUGGGUCUGUAAGUUUUUGGUUCUUCCAAGGUGAUAUGAUCUAAGGAGUUAUUGUUUUUGUUUUUGUUUUUUUUAACUGUCCUUCUUGUCCUACUCUGGUUUGUGAGUGACCACAAGCACUUUUUUCCACCUGGAACUGUAACGAGGGUCUUGUUUCCCUACAAUUCUAGCAUGAUAGUGCUCCCGCUCACUUCCAAAACUGCAACUCAUAUCCACAUAUAGAUAACGCAACAGAGUCCUUCACCUAGUAUCAGCAGAGGGGACCCCUGUAAUUUUCUUCUGACCAAUGUUCAGUCCUUUUUCUGUCUGGGAGCUGAAAACUUCAGAAGCUACUACUGCUUUUGUAGAUUCUGCUAUUCUAGAAUUCAUUUUGAGGUGUCACUUUAAGGUUUUUUGAAGGGGAGUUGGAAGAGCCCAGAUGAGUCCCUGCUUUUUCUUUGCCUUCUGUCAUAUAAUAUUCAGUUUUUUGAAAAGGAUUAAAAAAUAUCCUAGUUUACACUUAAUGAAACAUGGCUCCCUGCCACAAUAAUCCCAACAAGCCAGUCCACCUCCACACCAGCAGUAGGUAACUCACUGCUUUCAAAGAUAACUUGUUAUUCUUUGCAAAGUUCUAAUUAUGAAAAUUUUUACACUAAGUAAAAUCUAUCUCCCCAUUACUUCAGCCAUGGGUCAUGAUUGUUUUUUCCAUAAUCAAAGAAAACAAGUUGAAUCCUUCUAAGCUCCAUUAGAACCCAAAGAAUAGUAAUUUGGUUUCCUAAUCAAAUUCUUUUCAUCCUGGCUCCUCAUAUUUUUACUUUAUCUGACUAAAACUUUUCCCAGCCUAAGAUCUAUUGCAAUGGAUACAUUCUACCUAACCCAGCUCUAUCAGGCAGAUAUACUCUUUUUUAUUUAGUUCAUUUCAACAAAUGUUAGGGGCCUACAUAAUAGAAGCUACUGUCUUGUCCCCAUCUCUGUUGUCCCUUGAAUGUACUGGAAGCCUUUCUACUAUUUGCUAUGGGACAAGCAGGUUUUAUGGCUAUAGCAGAUUCUCAGAUUUUUCAAAAUAGUCAUUGAUCUAUCAAUGGGGUACUCCUUCCAUUGAUAAGGACUGCCUUCUCCCUCUCUUUUCCUCACCCUUUCCCUUUUAUGCUGGCCCAUAAGUAGCAGUGACUCGAAAAAUUGCAUACCAAAUCAUCUGAUGAUGACCCUCUCCACUUAAUUUUGAGUUACAUUGGUCUUUAACAUUGCAGCCAUAACAGAAGCAGCUACACCCAAAGAAAGAACACUGGGAAACGAAUGUGAACUAUCUGCAUUUUUGUUUUUCUUCCCGGGUUAUUUUUACCUUCUGAAUCCAAUUCUCCCUGUGCAACAAGAGAAUUGUUCAGUUCUGCAAACAUAUAUUGUAUCUAGGAUAUACUGCAACAUAUCUAACAUAUAUAGGAUUGUUUGCCAUCUAGGGGAGGGGACGGAGGGAGGGAGGGGAAAAAUUGGAACAGAAGCGAAUGCAAGGGAUAAUGUAAAAAAAUUACCCUGGCAUGGAUUCUGUCAAUAUAAAGUUAUUAUAAAAUUAAAUUAAAUUAAAAAAAAAAAAACAUUGCAGCCAUAGACCCUACUAGAAACUUUCUCAGUUGAGCAAAAGGGCUGGCUAGAGUUUAUACUUUGCUGAUAUAAUUUUCAAGAACCCAGUCACCCCUACAGGACAAUGAGGUAUCAAUGGAGAGUUCCUAAACGCUACUGUCUAAUAUCCAGAAUUUCUGAAUUUUUAUAUUUUUGGACCAAAAAUGAAGUCAGAUUGAAAUUUUAGGAGGAGCAGCUACCAGGCACUUUCAACUCUGGGCCCAUUGAUCAAGAAGAGGUAGAUUUUUUUUAGUGCCUUUCUCUAGCAAAAAAAAAAAAAAAAAAAGAAUAUUGUGUCUUUCAGGUGACCUAAUUUCAUAUAUGAAAAAGCAGAAUAAUUUAGCUUGUGAUGUGUGAUCCGUAGAUGAUUAUUUUUAUGGGAGAGAAAUGAAUAAGCCCUGAUGUAGUCAGGAGAAUUUACAGGAGUACUUUGUUUUUAAAUCUCUCCACAUUCUGGGCUUCUUAAGGAUGAGUAAUUCACUAAGCAAGCAGCUCUUAUUGCUCUAUUUUAAAAUCAAGUUGAUUUUGAAUUGUGCUUCUAGAAAUAAAACAUGCGUCAUUGCUUUAGUAGAAAUAGAUUCUCCACAAAUGUUCACUGAAUUCUCGAAACUUGGAGGCCAGGCCCAGGUUUGGGAGGAUUGUACUUUAAAAGGAACAAGAAAUGAGAUCUCGAAUUUGAUGACUAUCUAAAUUUUGAAAAAGCUUAAUUUUAGGCCAGGGUAAGCAAUUUGUGCUUAUAGAUGCCAAUUAUGCACAGCACUUUUUUUUUGGUGAUUUGCAAUGUGAAAAAUUAGAACCCUGGAUUUGGGGUCAUCAAACCUGCAGCCAAAACUUGACUUUAUUUACCAUAAUUGGGGCAGAUUACUUCACAUAUAUUUCCUAAACCAAAGUCAAAGUUGGUCCAACAGUGGGCCCAAUUGGUCGUAACAUUUGUUUUAAGACCAGAUUUGCCCAUAUGUGUGUAUUUUAAUAUUAUGCUUUCUAAAGCAGGUACUGCCUCAUGUCUCUAUUCAGAAAAUGUUCUCACCAUAUAACUACUGCAGUCAUGAAACUCCUACUUUAGCACCUAAGUUCUUCUAAUUGUAUCUAAAAUGGCUCCAGCCUUCUUUCACUCUAAAAAAACCUAGUCCAUCUUCUCUUAUCUAUGGAUAUCCUCUGGAUCAGGGAUCAUGGCCAAGGGGAUUUAAUCCUUUCAACUCUGGAAUUCCUAUCCUGGAGCUUGUAAUGCCCUGAGUGAUUUUUAUGGAUCACUAUAAACUGCCUUGCUUCAGUCUUGUUUGUUUUUGUUUUUAGUUUUGGAAUCAUAAUCAAAUCCUCUGCUCUGACUAUCCUGAUGCCUUGGCUUCCUUUACUUCGCAACUAAAAUCUAGGGAGCCUUCCCCAGCCCUUCUUAAUUUCAGUACUUUCCCUCUUAAUUAUUUCCAAUUUAUCUUGUUUAUAGCUUACUUUGUAUGUUUUUGCAUAUUGUUUCUCCUGUUGAUUGUGAGUUCCUUAAGAAGCAGAGAUUGUCUUUUUGCCUUUUUUUGUAUCUCCUAUUUUCAACACAGUGCCUAGCACAUUGUCAGGACUUAAUAAAUGUUUAUUGAUUUGAUUGAUUUCUCCCCUGUGAUGCUUCAAAUCCUGUCAGCUUGCCUGAGGGAAGUAGGCCUGAGAUAAGUACUUAAAAUUCAGUUGUUCUUGAAGGUGCUCCAGUCCCUUCUCUUGAUAAAUCUGGAUAUUGAUAACCAAAUAUUUUUGUCUUUUCUUUUCCAAACUGUUACCUUUCAAGCAAAUGGACUUUGUCCUAAAAGUCAAUAAGCAUUUAUUACUAUGUGCCAGACUAAUUGUACUCAUAACCAUUCUUUCCAUAAAUAGCAUCUUUUGCUUCCCUGGGAUCCUUCAAGGGCACCAGAUCUUGAAGGUUCAAAUUCAGUGUUCUUGAUGUCGUGCUCAUAGAACAGGUCCAUCAAGUCCUUUUCCCUCAUGUCCAUGUUCUCCACUAGAUGCCCUGCUAUAAUUAUUACUGUCUUUCUUCUGCCCAUCCCCACAUGCCAGACAUCAUCCCUGACAUCUCAACCUCCAUUAUCCCAGCUCAAUUAGCAUUUAUUAAACACUAUGUUCUGAGCUCUAUACUAUACCUGAGGAUAGGAAAUUUAUAUGACAGGUCUUGGAUCUCUUGAAGUUUGAUUUAAUAAGAUAAAACAAUAGGGCUAAUUCUAGUAUGCAAGAUUUAUAUGUAUUAAAGAAGUGCAAAAUAAAUUAUUAUAUGUAACUAUCAGCUGCUUUGAGUGUGAAAAGCAAUUUAACCAAAUAUUUUUGUCUUUUCUUUUCCAAACUGUUACCUUUCAAGCAAAUGGACUUUGUCCUAAAAGUCAAUAAGCAUUUAUUACUAUGUGCCAGACUAAAAUUACUAUGUCUGUAAAACCAUCUCUCCUUUCAUAAUCUUUCACCAAGAACUGCAGCUCUGGGCUUACAUGACUUGGUUUCAGUCUUUGGAUUGUCUCAUUAUCAAUCUCUGGUAUAGACCUCCAGACUGAAAGUGCAGUCUUAAUUGGUUCCUUUUUCGUCCCUACUUGUUCUGGGCUACACAUUAUAGUUCUUUCUCUUGACUGUUCCUUGUGACUCCCAUGUUAUUCCCCUCCUUAGAGAGUAAGCUGUUUUUUAUCUUUCUUUGCCCAGGACAUUUUGGACACUUAAUAAAUAUUUGUCAACUUCUCCUGCUGCUGAGUCCAGGAAUUCCUCCAGAACAUACCCAUUGUGCUUGAAAACCAGUCCUCCCGAUUUCUACAUUAAUUCUCAAGAAACCAUGAUCCUGUGGAGUUAACUUACUUUUCACUCCUUAACUCCUUUUAGUUCUCAUAUUCAUUCAAUUGCCAAGUCCAGUUGAGUUGGCCUCCCCAGUAUCUUUCAUCUGUUCUUUCACUUUAAUUGUGAAUUGAUUAAAAUUCCCUAGUAUAUAGUAUAUAUUGCUUGAAGUGAAAAGUUGAGGACAGUGAAGUCCUCCCUUGAAAUUCGAUUUUUUCCCAUAUCAAAAAACCAAAACAAAACUCUCCUUUCCAAUCUACAUUUCUCGUUGCACUGAGUAAAACUGCAGACCCAUCUAAUGCUAUGCCUAUGGGGCAUAUUAUGAUUGAAUUAUUUCUGAGUUAAGCAAUGGCUAAAAUGACACAGUGUGUUUGGCAUAGAAAUAGAUAAAACUAAUUUCUUUAGUAAGAUAUAUCUCCCCAUUCCAGUCCCUGAUGGUCAUCUUUUAGGUAACUCAGCAAAACAAUUCAGGGAAAUAGUGAAUUUGACUUCAGAAGAAAAGAGCUGACAUUUUCUGAUUAAAUAGAUCUUGAUAUAAAAUUGUGUUUUAUUCUCAAGGUAACAAAAGAACAACAACUUAGGAAAGCAGCAAAAAAUGGACCCUGGACUAUUUUAGAAUUGGAUACUUCACAAAUGAAAUGCAGUUACUCAUUUAAAUGUUAUUACAAUUUGUGUGUAUUUUAAUGGAAGACUUAUUUAACAAGUCACUUAGUGCAAUACACCUAAAUGGAAAUUGUUACUAUAAAAAACCUAAAUCAUAAAAGAUCCUUAUUGUAGCUCAAA